AUGGGAACCUUACCCAUGCGCAGCAACUCGAUAGGAACAAAUCCUCGUCUACAAAAAUGGAGCCGGGCGUUAGGUGGGGGUGCUAGCGGUGCGGCGGCGGCGGUGGUGCAGGUGCUGUCUCUCAUGUGGCUUCGGACCACGAUGAACUAUCAGUACAAGAACGGGGGCUCUACCAAGGAAGCCCUCCAGACGCUAUGGGAAGAAGGGGGACUUUCGAGGCUGUACCGAGGAGUGUCUUUCGCGCUGGUGCAAGGCCCUCUUAGCAGGUUUGGGGAUACGGCCGCAAACGUGGGAGUCCUGGCCUUGCUGGAGGCAUUUGAGUCCACUCGAUCGUUGCCACUGCCGGUCAAGUCGGCGGCGGGGAGCCUCGCUGCGGGAUUGUGGCGCAUCGGCCUCACGCCAAUAGACGCCUACAAGACCACUUUGCAGGUUUCCGGGGCUGAGGGAACCAAGCUCCUGGCGGAGAAAGUGGCGGCGAACGGACCUACCGUCCUCUUCGAGGGUGCCUUAGCGACCGCCUCGGCUACAUUUGUCGGACACUAUCCCUGGUACUUCACGUACAAUUCGUUGGGAGCGUGGCUGCCCCCGGCUCCAUCAGGGGAACCGCUGCUCAAGCUUGGGAGACAGGCCCUUCUCGGGCUGUGUUCUUCUUGCGUGUCGGACUGCUGCAGCAACUCCAUCCGCGUGAUCAAGACGACCAAGCAGACCGCGCCGAUACCGCUAUCCUACCCGGAAGCUUUGAAGCAGGUCUUGGACGACGACGGUGUGCCGGGUCUCUUCUUGCGAGGUCUCCAGACGAGAAUCCUCGUCAACGCUCUCCAAGGGGCCUUGUUCGCGGUUGCGUGGAAGUAUUUCCAGGAGCUGUUGGCAAGCGGCGGGGGCGCUUGA